UCUUCAUCCUCCUUGGCACCUUCAGCCUCUUCGCCUUCCUCUUCUUGGUCCCCUUCGUCAUCGACCCCGCCUUCACCACAAUAUUUAUGGAUUUUGACACACGACCCGCUGAGUGUGUCACCAUAGACGUUGAGUCACGUAGAGGUGAACAAUCUCACUCAAUCACAACAAAAUAUAUUUAUUUUUAAUUGUUUUACAACCACUGCCCACUUAUUGUUGCCACUGUUUCGUCUGCCCCCUGUAAAAGCUUGCCCUCUGCAUGUCUGCUUUGUCGAAAAAAAUAUUUAAAAAAUCCUCUGUGUUUGCUUGAUACCGCCGAUCUUUCUUCCGAUCGACUGCCCAUUAAUGUUUUGUUUGACGUAAAAUAUUUGCCCCGCGUCGUUGUCUCAGACUUAAAAGUUUCCUGUGCUAAUGGCGCCCGACAAUUCCGAGCCGAGCAGAACCUGAGUAGCUUUGUAUGCUCGAUAAUUAAUGGUAUCACGAGUAAACUAUCUGAUCUAACUGAUCAUUUUUACAAGUAAACAAAUAGUUUCGAUUGUCGUUACAUUAGAGACAUUGAAAAAGACAAAUAGAUACUUUAGUAGACGAUGCUCAUUGAUUUUCGAUAAUAAUUCAAUAUCACUCUUGACAAAUGGAUCUCUGGACAUUUUCGCUCCCGACUUUUGGCAUCCAAACGCUAUUUGUAUUGACAAGUGGGAGCUCUUGAACAAAUAAAAUAUCAUUUUUAACCCACUCACUUGAAGUCAAAAUGCUAGGAAAUUUAUAUGACGAAAUAAUAAUCUAGAGUAAACACAAAAAAAAAGUAUACGGAGUAGAGUCUUGGUAAUUUUUGAAUAAUUCAAUAUCUCGUGAUAUCGUCCACGUGGUCAAUGUCUACGCCUGCGUAAAUAUUUCCAAGCAUGUAUGUGUAUAUAUGUGUAUAUAUAUGAGUAUUUGUGUGUGCGAGGGUGUUUGUGUUUGUGGUGGGCGAUUUUGGUGGCGAUGAUGUUGAUGUUGAUGUUGAUGGAAGCAGAUUGUUUAACUGAAACUGAGCGUUGUCUUGUGUGUUAUAUAACAAUGAGUCUAGGUGCUAGCAACUGUUCGUGGACCUCGUGUAGAGAAGGUUGUACCAAGGAACUUUAUGAUUGUACGCAAAUACGCGUUAAUUACAAACUACCAGUUAAUGAAACUCAGUUAGAUGGGACUGACAGGGAGGGCAGGGCGGGAGGAGGUGUCGAGGGUGACGAGGCCGGGUCCAAGUUGAGAUAUGAACGUUCGCCGAGGGAUUACAAUAAUUACAUCGAGGAUUUCGACGACGAGUUUGAUGAAGAUGACAAUGAUAAUAAUGAUGGACUGCCAAAACCUUUUCCUACAGGUCUUAUGGGCAACGAUUCCGAGUGGUAUUUCACUGGUGCUAAAUUAUUUCCCAAUGUAAAAGGCUGUGGAUACCCUCCAAUACUCAAUUGCAGUAUUUUUUACCGACAGUACACUAAAAUAGGACAUAAUUUUAGUUGUUACUAUUCUAAAAUUGAUCCUGGGAUUGUGUUGAGUGAGCUCGAUAUGUGGCAGGUUUAUAUGAACCUAGUGUUUGCGAUGGCAAUACCAAUACCGUCUUUCAUUAUUUCGGUGAUAUAUCUCACCUUCGCCUACUUCAAAAUUUACAACGAAGACGAACAGAUUCUGGUGGACAAGAACAGCGAGGCGGGAGACAGCGGCAUGGUGGGUGACAAUGGCAACGGCACGCCGUUCCCGCCCACGAGCGGUGCCGUGACCCCCGGAAGCGAGGCCUUCAGAGAGGAUCUCGCGAGUUUCGGGCACCAGCUAAAGGUCGCGAUGGCCGAUGAGGUCAGUAGGGAGAGCCUCGAUGGGAUACCCAACUCAAUAUCUGCUCAAGGAAACUUGAGCAAGAUGAUGACGACGAGUAUCUUAACUCCAGCUGGGCCGACAGCGGCAGUCUGAAGCGUCAUUUCCAAGGUUUGAACAACAUCUCAUGGAAGCCCAAAUAGAUAAAGAAAAACUAUAAAAUAUAUAUAAAUAAUAUAAUAAAAUACAAUAAAAAGUUAUCGAUUUGAUUCCGCGGUCAAGAGGAACCAACUUGGCACCGGCACAAUCGUUUCUCCAGAUAGUUAUCGCGAUAAAAUCGAGAGCACUUGAUUGUACUCCCAAACAUUACGGAGUGAACCAGAAGAUAUAUAAAACUACCGAAUAAAUAUCAGAGUCAAGACUCUUACCCCUAUUGUACUCGAGAUUCCUCCGUUAUCUGAUAACCAUACGGGUAAAUAUGAGAAACAUAUUGGACAUUCAACGAAUUUUUCGAGUUUAAAUACCAAAUAAAAAUACAAAUCAAGUGAUAUUCGUUGAUAACGUGAGUAACGAUAAAAUAGGAUUUGACGUAUUGUUUUAAAUAAAUAUAUAUAUAUAAAUAAAUAAAUAAAAGGUCUGGUUCGCUCUGAUAUUAAAUUUUAUAAGAGAGUAUGAUUUGCAAUAUUCAUAUUUAAUAAAUGCUAUAAAUAAAUAAAUAAAUUAACGCAUAAGAGAAUAAAAAAAAAGAAUAAAUGAUUACUCAUGUUAAAAUUAUUAAAUAAAAAUUUAAUAAUUCGCUUGUUGUGGGAUCAUACGCGUUCAUUCACCGGCAUCUUAGUAUCGAUAGUUAAUUUAUAAAAAUUCGCUCCACGCCACGAUUUAUAAAUACAAAUAUAAAUAUAUAAGACUUAAGUAUCUUAAAAAUUGUAAUGCUCAUUACAAUUAACGCCACCAACAGUCCAUUUAAAUUUAUUAUUUUACUAAAAAAAUAUACUAAUUAAUUAAUUAAUCGGACAAAAAUUACCUUGACUUUUCCCGGCCGUCCAAUAAAACCAGGCGUCAUUUUUUAAAAAAUAAUAAUUACUGUGCAUUUGUGUGAUUUUUUAAAAUAAAAUGCGUAAGUGUCGAUGCGUAAUUUAUUUUUAAAAUAAAUAAUUCCGACGCCCGUUCAUUUAUCAGAGCAUUGGUUUUUUAUUCAGUCAUUUUUUUUAUCUAAUCGAUCUAGAUUUUUUAAUUACUUAACAAUGCUCAAUGACGUCAGUAUUGUUAUUGUUUUAUGUACACAAUGGUAUUGAGUGCUUGUGAAUUUGAAAAAAAAAUUUGCCUGGACACGCACACUACAAUUACACGUCAUAUGUACACACACGCUAUCAUUAAUUACAAAAUAAAACAAAAAAUUAAAAUAAAAAAAGUAAAUUGUUUUUAUGAAUUAAGAACAAGUUGUCUGUGAUCUACAAUAAUUGAAAUAAAAUAAAAUAAAAUA